AUGAGUCUAGAGCAGGGCCCCCUGCAACAGCCGCCUGACCCUCUGAGCACAUGUGAGGACAGCAGCGUAGGUGGACCGUCUGAUGCUCCAUCGCCUUUCAACAGUGGCUGCUCCAUGUCCCUGGAGAAGUUUGCCACCAAUAUCCUCAGGCCUCUUCCAGCCUUAUUGUGUACUUUUGAUAGUGAAGCCUGCCUUCAAGGAAGGAGCACCAGUGUGCACAAGGAUGGAGAUGUGAUAAUUGGGUUUUUCUUGUCUAUUUAUGUCUACAUGUACUAUACUGGUAUCCUUGAUAUGAAACCUACUAGAGAAUUAUAUUUCAUGCAGCUUACACCCAACAAAUACCAGAACUACCUGGCCUUCACUUUUGCCAUAGAAGAGAUCAACAGGAAUCCUCAUCUUCUGCCCAACAUUACUCUGGGCUAUGAGUUCCACAAUUUCAUUUACAGUCAUUGGAGGAUACUAGAGAAUUCCUUCAUUUUGCUCACAGGACAACAUGAGAACCCUAAUUACUCAUGUAGAAGAGAAAGCCAGUGCACAGCAGUACUGACAGAAAUGCCAUGGGGAACCUCAGCUCAGAUUGGACCACUGCUGGAGCUCUACAGAUUUCCACAGGUUACCUUCAGCUCAUUUGAUCCUACGCUGAUGGACACUGGCCAGUGUCCUUCUCUUCAUCAGAUGGCCCCAAAAGACACAUUUUUGGCCCUUGCCAUGGUGUCCUUGAUGCGUCAUUUCCACUGGACCUGGGUGGGCCUGCUCAUCACAGAAGGCCAGAAGGGUCUUCAGUUUCUCUCAAAUGUAAGAGCUGAGAUGGACAGGAAUGGAGUCUGUGUGGCCUUUGUGAAAAUGGUAUCAACUGUGAGUGUAUCUUAUCUCUCAGCAGUAAAGAAACAUGAAAUCCUGACCACAGAUACAUCAUCUGCCAAUGUGGUGGUCAUUUACUAUGACACUGAUAGCUCAAAUGAGGUAAAUUACCACAUUGUUCAGAGCUUAGUGACGUGGAAAAUCUGGGUGACAAACUCCCAAUGGCAUGCUGACCUGGCUGGGAGAGAUUUCAUACUGGAUCCAUUCCAUGGGACCCUUGUUUUUUCACACCAUCAUGAAGAGAUUGCAGGCUUCAAAACUUUUCUUCAGGAAGCUACCCCUUUCAAAUACCCAGAAGACACUUACCUUGUUAUGUACUGGUACAAGAAUUUUGAUUGCUUAUUUUCUGAGUCAGACUGUGCCUUGAAGAACUGUACCCCUAAUGCCUCUAUGGCUUGGUUGCCUCCAAAUCGUUUUGACACAGACAUGAGUGAUCGGAGCUAUAAUAUAUACAGUGCUGUGUAUGCUGUAUCCCAUGCUUUCCAUGCAAUGCUUCUUGAAGAAGUACAAAGGCAACCUUUGAGAAAUACACAAGUGAUGACGUUCCACCCCUGGCAGUUGCAUCCUUUUCUGAAGAUUGUCCAAUUCAACAAUCCUAUUGGAGACAAGGCGAACUUGGAUUACAGAAGAAAAAUGGAUUCAGAUUAUGACAUUCUCAAUUUUUGGAAUUUUCCAGAUGGCCUGAGACUUAAGGUUAAACUGGGCACAUUUUCUUCACAUGCUCCCAAUGGCCAAAAAUUGAUUUUGUCUGAGAAUAAUAUAGACUGGGCCAUUGGAGUCACAGAAACUCCUCGCUCAGUCUGCAGUGACAGUUGCAAUCCUGGAUUUAGAAAAAGCCCUCAUGAGGGAAAGGCUGCCUGCUGUUUUGAUUGCACUCCUUGUGCAGACAAUGAGAUCACCAAUGACACAGAUAUGGAGCAGUGUGUGAAGUGUCCACAUCAUCAGUAUGCCAGUACCCAGAGAAAUGCUUGCCUUCAAAAGGCUGUGAAUUUUCUGGCCUAUGAUGGUCCUUUGGGCAAAGCUCUGGCUGGCACUGCCCUGAGUCUCACGCUUCUCACAGCUGCUGUUCUUGGGCUCUUUGUGAAGCACAGAGACACUCCCAUCGUCAAGGCCAACAACAGAUCUCUCAGCUAUACCCUGCUUAUCUCCCUCACCUGCUGUUUCCUCUGUUCCUUGCUCUUCAUUGGCCGUCCCAACACAGCCUCCUGCAUCCUGCAGCAGACCACGUUUGGGGGUGUGUUCACUGUGGCUGUUUCCACUGUCUUGGCCAAAACUAUUACUGUUGUGCUGGCUUUUAAGGUCACUGCUGCAAGCAGAAGGAUGAGACAGUUGCUGGUGUCAGGGGCACCAAACUUCAUCAUCCCCAUCUGCUCCCUGAUCCAAAUCACUCUAUGUGCAGUCUGGAUGGGAAUAAAUCCACCCUACAUUGACACAGAUGCUCACUCUGAACAUGGACACAUCGUCAUCGUGUGCAACAAGGGCUCCCUCUUUGCCUUCUACUGUGUCCUGGGAUACCUGGGCUCCUUGGCCCUGGCGAGCUUCACUGUGGCUUUCCUGGCCAGGAACCUGCCUGACACAUUCAAUGAAGCCAAGUUCCUGACCUUCAGCAUGCUGGUGUUCUGUAGUGUGUGGGUCACCUUCCUGCCCGUGUAUCACAGCAGCAAGGGGCAGGCCAUGGUGGCCAUGGAGGUCUUUGCCAUCUUGGCUUCCAGUGCAGGACUGCUGGGCUGCAUCUUUGUCCCCAAGUGCUACAUUAUUUUGUUAAGACCAGAAAGAAAUUCUGUGACUGAGAUCAGUUAUAAAACUCGUCCUGGAAACUAA